ACUGGCUGCGCGGCGCCGGUCGUUCACGCAUCGAGAGAGCGCAUGCACUUUUUCAGCACCAAUUGAGUGUGGACAGUGCACGGCGCCUCAUAGCCUGCUGUGAGUUGUCGGACAUUCAACCUGUGGCUAAGUUUAAACAACUCUAGACGGUUGUACGGUAGGCUUUUGACGGGGAAAACCCCACAAUUGAAUACUAAACACUCGAAAAAGGAAUGCCCGACGUUUGGAAAGAAACAAAGGAAUAUUAUGUUUUUUUGACCUAGUAUACUUCCCUAUUCCUCCUCCGCUACCCUGGUUGGUUUUUCAGACAGCCAGAGUGGUGCUGAGCUGCGGGGUGUUGGUGACUCCGCUUCGGGUGGAGCGCUGCUACUCGGGCUUUAGUUUACUCUCUGCCGGGAGGAUUAGUGUGAUUCUGCAGGGGCUAGGCGACUCUGGUGGGUGGGGUGGUGUGGUGGUGCCAUAGGAGCCCCUCCAUUCAGAAGGAUGCUGGUGGGAAAUGCCUGGCGACAGAGAGGACGAGAUUUGUCAAAAAGCACUAGAACUCCUGUCUGAUCUCUGCUCUAAAGGGGAAGUACAGAACGAGAACUGUCUGGAUUUCAUUUACCAUUUCCGGGACCUCGCCAGACCACGCUACACCGACUCAGAUGUGUCGGUGAGCCUGCUGUCUCUGGUGGUGACUGCCUGUGGCCUGGCCCUGUUCGGGGUCUCCAUCUUCGUCUCCUGGAAGCUCUGCUGGAUCCCAUGGAGGGAGCGUGGCCUCUCCCCCAGCAUCAAGGAGCCCACCCAGGGGCACCACGAUUCCCCCAUGGCACCUUUGCAACCGUACGUCCCAGCCAGGGAGCCAGUCUACACGGCCGUCGACCCACCCGUCUCCGCCCUCGACCGCCGUGAGUCCCACCGCUGUUCCAUCGUCCCUGUGGCAACUGGGACCUUGACGGGGCCGGUGACCCCCGUAUCGCCGCCCCCCACAGCGGCGAUCAUCCCCAUCCCAGAGGCAGCCAUGAAGAUCAGCCACACGUCUCCAGACAUCCCCCUGGAGUCCCAGAGUAAAGGCCGGGAGAACGGGGUCCAAACCAACCCUCGCAUGCAGAGGCAGACCACUGAGCCCUCACCCUCCGUCCGGUCAAUGUCUAUACACACAGAGAUUGGGUCUAACUCUAUCCGUAGAUUAUCUGUAAACAGGUCCAACCCGGACUUCAACGUGGCCCAGUUCCAGAGACAGGACUCCCUGACUGGGAUGGGCCUGGGUCUGGGUCGUCUCAAACCAGAGCUUUACAAGCAGCGCUCCCUGGAAGGGGAUGAGGGGGGCCGGCGGGGCGGAGGCUGCGGACGCCUACACUUCAUUCUCAAGUUCGACUGUGACCUGGAGCAACUCAUCGUCAAGAUCCACAAGGCGCAGGAUCUCCCCGCCAAGGACUUAUUGGGCACCUCGGACCCCUACGUCAAGAUUUACCUACUACCGGACCGGCAGACCAAGCACCAGACCAAGGUUCACCGCAAGACCCUCAACCCUGUGUUCGAUGAGGUAUUCCUGUUCCCCGUGGAGUACGCUGAGCUGCCGACGCGCAAGCUGCACUUCAGUGUCUACGACUUUGACCGUUUCUCGCGCCACGACAUCAUCGGCCAGGUGGUGGUGGACAACUUCCUGGAUCUGGUGGACUUCCCUGCAGAGACAAAGCUUUGCCGGGACAUCCAGUACGUCUCCACGGAUAAUGUGGACCUGGGAGACCUGAUGUUCUCUCUGUGCUACCUGCCCACCGCCGGCAGACUGACCAUCACCAUGAUCAAGGCCAGGAACCUUAAGGCCAUGGACAUCACUGGGGCAUCAGACCCGUAUGUGAAGGUCUCUCUAAUGUGUGACGGUCGGAGAUUAAAGAAGAGGAAGACCUCCACUAAGAGGAACACUUUGAACCCUGUCUACAACGAAGCAAUAGUCUUUGAUGUCCCCCCAGAGAACAUUGACCAGAUCAGCCUUAUGAUCGCUGUCAUGGACUACGACCGUGUAGGCCAUAAUGAGGUCAUCGGGGUGUGUAAAGUGGGCAACGAUGCAGAGCACCUGGGCCGAGACCACUGGAGCGAAAUGCUGUCGUAUCCGCGAAAACCCAUCGCCCACUGGCACCCGCUCAUAGAGUACCAAGGCACCACAGGCGGGAGCCAGGCAGGGUCCUGUAAUUCCCUGAAGACUCCUCCGUCUCCGUAAGCGUCUGGUCCUUCCCGGAAUACGACCACAAGGAGAAGAGCCAGGCGGACCAGCCCAACCAUAGGAGCAUCGGCCUGCUGAGUGGUCGACAUACGGUUAUACGUCACGACUGUGUGCUGUCGAUUUCACGGUUAUCAGAGACCAACCAUUGUCAGCUCUGUGUCUCUGGGACAGGACUUUUGCAUGGGGAGCUGGAUUGAUUCAGUUGCAUGUUGAGUGACCACAUAAUAUGGUUGUUUUCUUUUUUAUUCAGUUCCAAAAAGAAAAUCGAUGACAAAAACAACCAGGCAGUUUUAACAGUUUGAUCUAAGCCUGAGUUUGAAGUAACCGUUUUUUACAUUAGUCUUGCUCUACCAGUUUUUAAUGGGGUGUGUCUGUAUUGCACAGUGUACUUAAAAUCGACCAGUCGAACUGACAUACAUCUUUCAUUUGGAAACGGUGCAUGAGGUCAUGGGUUUUGGUGGAAUAUCUUCUCCUCAGUUGUUUUCUGUUUCUGUUCUUGGAAUAGAAUGUGAAGUUCUGUCAGAUGAUCACAUGACAUGUGCAGUGGCAAUUCAUUUCUUAGACUUAGUACCUGUACGUAAAAAUGUCCUUUCAAAAGUUAUCAAUAAAUAUUUAUUAAUAAAAAACA